GUUAUUAUUUUAUGAUGUUUAUACUUGUUUGAAUUUGAUUUCUUCUGAUCCAGUUUAUGAGCCUGGGCCCAGUUUAUAGGUUGUCCAUCCUACCAGUGCCAAAGAGAUAUCACUAAAGAUGUUCAUUCGUGGUCUAUUAAUGAUCCACUGAUUUAAAUGUGUUUUAAAUAUGCAUCAUUUUCUAUAGUAAAUAAUAAAUGACUUGAUGCGACAGGUCUACAAAUAUUCACAAAACUAGAGAAUUGACUGCUCUUUUAAUACUAAUUGACAUUAGAGUUUUGGCUUCUGUUGUAUAAAAUAAUGGGACUAAACAGGUUGUAGUAACAAUUUAAAAACUUUUAUUUAAAACACAAAUUUUUCAUUUAUAGGAUAUAAUUGUAAAAAUCAAGCUCAGGGUGGAAAACUUAAUGCAUUAUGUUUGAUUCCCUAUUCUUGAGUGUCUCUGUAUUCAACUUUUUUUUUUUCUCUGCUGUCAGCACACCAAACUGGCCAGUGAACAAGCUUUAACGGGUUUAAGAUGUGUUCAUUAAAGCAAUAAAUCUUCCAGUUUCUGCUUGCAGAGUGCUUUGGAGAAGUGUUUAUCAUAGUGUAUCAAAGGGCAGGAAUGUGCUGUUCACCCUCUUCCACAUACACGUGCUCAUAGACACCCAUGAUUCGUUAGUGUAUGUUGAGUGUACCAUCCAUCCCACCCAGGGAGCACGGCCAAUUUCGCGCUCUUGUCUCCAGGCCAGGGGUGGCUGUGGCAUUGUUGAUCAGGCUUAAAUGUUUAUUACACCUCACAUAAUUUAAGCCUACUUUAUUAUGCAGUCUCUUGAAUGUAUUAUUUGAUGCACAGACGUAUGGGUACACCCUUAAAAACCUGCUUUGGCUAAUCGAUUACAUUUGGUGUACAGGGAAAAAAUUCUGUAAAUUUUGGCUGAGAUCCUGUUCAAAGAUUUCAGAGAGUGACUUAAUUCUGAUGGUUCAGUAAGAGUCGGCCAUUACAUAGCGUAUACAAACUUUCCUCUGUGGAUCUCCAUGUGUUCUUUUGAGAUGUUAUUAAAGCCUACACUAAAAGCUCUAUAUUUGAUCAUUGUGUUCUUUAGCAAUCCUUUGCAAACUGUGUGUCAUAUGAAAUUGAUUAAGGAAAGGUUAUGUGAGUUUUGAGAUCAUCUUCGCUUUUGUGGUUCCCGAGUAUUUGCUUUGGCCUGCAUUACUGAAAUAAUAAUGAUGUAAGAAGUAUACUCGUACACUGUAUAUUUCUGACACCACAGAAUGGACAUAGUCAUGUGUUUGUUUUUUUUGUUUGUUUGUUUGUUUUUUUUCUUCCUCUCCACAGUAAUAGUUUCUCAGGAGAGAUUUCUCACUUGUGCGCUGGUUUCUUGGCUCCUUCUCGCCUUCCGUGUCGCUGCUAUGUGUCUUGAGGCUCCUCCAGGAAAGUCUUUAUAAUUGUCCUCAGAUGUGAUGGCAUGCCAUUGCAGCUGUGGCAAAUUUAAUUCCUCCAUGGCCUGUGUUUUUUAACACUCCUAUCACGGACGUCGCCUUGGUUUCACCUCUCAUCUAAAGCCAUGUGCUCUCUUGAGAACAUCAACCGUGCUGCUUUGGGAUUGCAUGAUUAGCUUGGAGAUGUCCACACAGCCAGCUGGAUAGAUCUCAUACAGGCCAGGUUUUAAAAAAAGAAAAUUCAGUAAACAAACCAAAAAAAAAAAAACGAAAUGGAAAACAGCAUGAAUUGGUUUGAGUAAUCUAGAAGUCUUCUGCUCUUGAUAUUACUGUUUACUGGCUUGAGUAUGGGCAGUGAAUUCUUGGGAGGGGGGGGGUUUGUGUUGUUUUUUUGUUUUUUCUUGUCUUCCUGCCCAAGCACCUAUUGUCCCUUACAGUCUCUCCUUCUCCCGGUAUUUGUCUCUGUCAGAGUGUUCCUGACGUCUGGCCCGUACUAAUCCCAGAGGGGGGAAAGAGCGCACAAGGGCACGUGCUGGAGAAGCAGUCUGGGCCGUUGCAAGGGCAGCCCCCUCCUUCCACCCUUGCCUUUUGGUGUACUAGUUCACUGCUUUGUCCCACGGACUGUACCAAUGAGAGUGCGUAGGGGGAGGAGGUUGUACAGAGGGGAAGGCAGGAGGGAAUUGGAGCAUGUGCUGCUGAAAGGAUAUUCGAGAUUGGUACAUCGAGCAGAACCACUCUUAUACAUCAUUCUCCGUUCAGUCGUACCUCUGUUAGUCUGCAAACUGGGCAUGUGGUUUAAUCCCAUGCUGAAUAAUCAGGACUUUGGGUGACCGUGUGGGGCAUCAGGAGAAUGAUGAGAAAAACAAAACAGUGGAGCUGAGACACCAGAGCAGUUUUGCAGAAUCCAGUAAUAGCCAUCACUCUGCUGCGUGCGUUUGUAUGAAUGCGUCAGUGGGAGGAGCGAAGUCUUGCUACCGUGUUAGGACGGAGCACUAGAGAGGCAGCACCACCGAUAUCUGCUGAGCGGAGCGGCAAGUGUGUGUCUCCCACAAACCACGCUCCCGCUGAGUGAUGGAGAUGAAAGGCGGGCUGAGGGGGAGGAAGCAUUGAGGAGGAACAAAAGACUGGCUUAAACAUCUUACCGGUGCAGACAGGACGCUGAGUCUGUCUGAGCCUCGCUGAAGAGCAGAGUGAAGUGAGCCGGAAUGGCCUGGAGUCAAAAGAGCUGGUGUACCUGGUUCACAUCUACUGUCAGGGACGAAGCUGGAUGGUGAGGCGCAGCUAUGAAGACUUCCGAGUCCUGGACAAACACCUCCAUCUGUGUAUCUAUGACCGGCGCUUUUCCCAGCUCCCAGAGCUGCCGCGAUAUGACAGCUUGAGAGAGAGAGCAGAGGCAGUUUCCCAAAUGCUGAUGGCUUACCUUUCCCGUCUUUCAGCAAUUGCUGAUAACAAGAUAAACUGUGGGCCAGUCCUUACGUGGAUGGAGGUUGACAACAAAGGGAAUCGCCUGCUGGUACACGAAGAGUCCUCCAUCAAUGUCCCAGCCAUCGCAGCUGCCCACGUCAUUAAGCGCUACAUCGCCCAGGCGGCCGAUGAGCUGUCAUUUGAGGUUGGAGACAUUGUAUCAGUGAUUGAUAUGCCUCCUAAAGAGGAUACCACAUGGUGGAGAGGGAAGCAUGGGUUCCAGGUUGGCUUCUUUCCCAGUGAGUGCGUGGAGCUCAUUAACGACAAGGUCCCUCAGUCUGUCACCAAUUCAGUGCCAAAACCAGCGUCCCCCUGCUCUGCUCUGCGGCCGGCCUCCUGGAGUCUCUUCCCACCCUAUUUGGAGAUGGAAAGUGUAAAGCAGGACAGUGCAUUGGCACCCGACCCAUUAAACCCCUACAGGCUGAGCUCAGUAUCCAAGAAGCACGGGAAGUUGAUCACGUUCCUACGCACCUUCAUGAAGUCCCGGCCCACAAAGCAGAAGCUGAAGCAGCGAGGUAUCCUCAGAGAGAGGGUGUUUGGAUGUGACCUGGGAGAGCAUCUUCUCAACUCUGGCCACGAUGUCCCCCAGGUGCUUAAGAGUUGCACAGAGUUCAUUGAGAAGCAUGGAAUUGUGGAUGGAAUGUAUCGGCUCUCUGGGAUCGCAUCCAACAUCCAGAAAUUGAGGCAUGAAUUUGAUUCAGAGCAGAUCCCAGAUCUGACCAAAGAUGUGUACAUACAAGAUAUCCACUGUGUGGGCUCACUGUGCAAGCUCUAUUUCCGAGAGCUGCCUAACCCACUGCUCACCUAUCAACUUUAUGAGAAAUUCUCGGAGGCAGUUUCAGCAGCUACAGAUGAGGAGAGGCUAAUCAAAAUACAUGAUGUCAUCCAGCAGCUGCCUCCUCCGCAUUACAGGACUUUGGAGUUUCUGAUGAGGCAUUUGUCACGGCUAGCAGCAUUUAGCUAUGUGACUAACAUGCACAGUAAGAAUUUGGCCAUUGUUUGGGCCCCCAACCUACUGAGGUCUAAGCAGAUUGAGUCUGCAUGCUUCAGUGGAACAGCUGCCUUCAUGGAGGUACGAAUACAGUCAGUUGUGGUCGAGUUCAUCCUGAACCAUGUGGACGUUCUCUUCAGCUCUAAACUUAGUUCACUGAUCAGAGAAGGAGCUGGUCACAACUCUUUGUCUCGUCCUAAAUCGCUGCUAGUACCUUCACCUUCUACCAAGCUGCUUACAUUAGAGGAAGCUCAGGCACGCACACAAGCCCAAAUCAACUCUCCUGUAACUGCAGAUAGCAAAUAUAUUGAAGUGGGAGAAGGACCUGCUGCCUUACAGGGCAAAUUCCAUACAGUCAUCGAGUUCCCUACAGAAAGAAAAAGGCAACCUAUAAAAUCAAAGAAGUCACCAGUUGGCAGUUGGCGGUCAUUUUUUAACCUUGGCAAGUCUUCCUCUACGUCUAAGCGCAAACUGCACCGGAACCCAAGUGAACCCAAUGAACUCAAAGCUAUGGCAUUAGGAGGAAGCAGAGGAGAUACUGGCACUCUUCGAUCUGCGAAGAGUGAAGAGUCUCUUAGUUCACUGCACAAUGUUGAAGGAGAGUCUAAAGUGUAUCGGCCACGCAGACCACGCUCCAGUAGUGAUGCUCUCUCCACAUCCUUUAAUGGUGACCUUAUGGACAGCCGACAGCACUGCAAUUCUUAUGAUAAUAUAGACCAUGGAGACAGUGAAGGGGAUGAUGGCCCAAUCUGUGUGCCAGCUCUUAUUUCCCCACCACGCUCUACUGAUGAUGUGGAUUUGAGCCCCCCUGACAUUGGCAUGGCCACUUUGGACUUUGACCCUAUGUCUUUCCAAUGCAGUCUGCCCUUGGCCGAGAGCUCCGCCAUUUCUCCUGACACUGAAGCUGUAAAUCUCAAGAGGGGUCCUGGCAGUGCUAGUGACUCAGAGCCAGUCUCGCCUGUCAGACCGAAGAUUACUAGUUUUCAGCAGUCUCCUGAUCUCAGUCCAGCCUUUCACAGUGCUUCUAACUCUUCUGAGAAAAUUACGUUCCAGUCUUCUGAGAGCUGUGAAAAGUUUGCAGUGUUGGCACCCUUAUGUACAUCUCAACCUACUGAUACCUCAAUAGUUAGUGAAGGAUCAGAGAGCCCUGAGCACAAGCCAACUCCAACGUCUCCACCUGUCCAGGUUACUCCAGCCAAAAUUAUCCCAUUGUCUUUUAAAUCCACCGAUUUGCCUCUAAGCGAAGCUAUUCAGCUAGAGCUUCUCUCCAAAUCUGCUUCAUGCGAGAAUAAAGAGGCAUUAGGGAUCAAUGCAUUACAACAAAUCAAUGCUCAGGAUCAACCAGGAGCUGUAGCUCUGGACUCACCAAAUAGCACUGCUCCAGUCAGCUCUAUGUCUCUACUUCCUUCUCCCCAACCAAAGAACACUGCCCGCAUGCUGGCUUUAGCGUUAGCUGAAUCUGCUCAGCAAGCUACCAUUCUAUCUCGGAGGGAAUCCUCUGAACCUCCCACACCUGUUUCACCCCUCAGGUCACAGGAGUUUGUGGAACCCCUUGACUGGCCACCCCCUCCCACCCUUAAACCACAGACUUCCCAAGAAGAAACAGCAGAUGUGCCACAGCUUCCUGCUCCUGCCUCUUCAUCUGCUUCCUGCACCCCAGCUGAAACACUAAUCCAAUCCACCAGCAUGCAUCUCAUCAUAGAUGACAGUGAAACGUCUCCCAGUACGUCUGGCAAUAGAGAACAAGUUGUCACUUUUGUGGCUCCCAGCAAAGGUGCUUCUCCUACCCAACCUGUUCAACUUUCCCACACACAUAACAGUCCAGAGAGACAGCAGCCUUCUGUUAGCCAGACACCAGCUAGCACUGAAACCUGCAGCACCACCAAAGCUACCGCCACAUCCACCUAUAGUAGAAAGGAACUUGUGGUCACACCACAACCAAGUCCUGAAAGUGUUUUACCAGCACCAACCACAAAAUCCCUGGAACAGCCAGUAGCUGUUCUGCAGCCUCAGCGUCAGGUGCAGGUUCAGUCACAGCCUCAACUACAGCUUCACUCUCCGUGUCAGCCUCAACUACAGAUUCACUCUCAGUGUCAGCCUCAAACGCAGUACAAGAAUCAAUCUAAUGCACGAGUUGCACCUACAACAGCAACAUCCCCAGAGCAGUCUGGAGAGAGGCCUUGGGAAUCUAUAAAGCCUGUAAAUCCUAGAAUGGAAAGUGUUAGCCAUCACCAGACUCAUGGGACCACACCACCACCACCACCCCCACCCCCUGUUCGCUCAAUCGAAAGUAAACUAGCAGCAGCCGCUCUGUGUAAAACUGAAGCUGCCAAUGCAGCCCCCUAUCAUGCUAUGUUGGGAGAGGGAUCUAUGCCCCAAUCAUUGGAUGACGCACUCCCACAGCCUCAUCCAUCACAACGCAAGUCUUCCGUUCAUCUGUCAGCUUAUGUUUACCACUCUAAAGGAGAGACCAGCAUAAUAGAGCCCACUGGAGAGGCCUAUUACCAUCAAAGACCUACCCCUGCUGGGCCAUCAGCCAUGGGUUGUCAUUACCGGCCUGACAGUGUGCCUCCUCAUCUAUCAUAUGUAUCUAAGUCAGAGCCCCAGAUUCCUUACAGAGCCCACGGUGAUGGUCGCUACAAUACAAUUGGAUCAAGGUCCUUCCACCAGUCAAUGAAAUCUCGUGAAGCAAUGAGGGGUGAAUAUAUUUCCCCAGGAUCACUGCACCGCAGCCAUGGCUACGGCUCAGUGGAUGGACACGCCGCAUAUCCAACAAUCCGCAGGGUACAUUCUCUACAUGUCCCACCCACUGCCAUCCGGUCAGCACCAGUAACUAGAACAGAGGUUCCUCCAGAUGAUGAUCUCUAUUACUAUCAGCGACCAGUCUACCACUGCAAGUCAUACCAACAGCCUUCACAGUCGGAAUAUCAUGUCACUCAACUGCAACCUUACUUUGAGAAUGGAAGAGUCCAGUACCGGUACAGUCCUUACUCUGGCACUCACCCUCUUGAUGUUCCCUACUAUGAUGUGGAUCCUUAUGGUACUGUUCGUUUACGCCAUUUCCACUCGUUCAGUAGUCGUGACGCUGGUCCUCACCUCAACAGGUCAGGGGCCAAAUCAGGUGGCUAUCACUAUUUGUCACGGCAUGCCAUUCCUGUGAAAGAGCAUACAUUUGUAAGUAGGGACAUGCCUCCCUACCAUGGCCCAAAAGGAGCUGUUUACUAUGCUUGGGACCCAGAGGAAGCAGAAAGGCUACGGAUGCAUUCUAUUCGCAGAGAAAGUCGGGCGAGGCAAAAGGUUAAAGGCCCCAUCAUGUCGCAGUAUGACAAUGUGGGGCCCUACAUGCCAGGUGAUAUUGGGGGACUAGAAGUGCUACACUUGCGCAGUAAGUCAGAUCCUGGUAAAGCUGUGUUGGUCACUGCUGAAGGAAAAAAUGGGAGAUGCAGUGUAACUCCUGGACCUCAGCAUGUCUCCAGACACCUGAUGUCAGACCCAGACAUUCUCAUGUAUAUGGAAACCGAAAAACACUGCCAGGGGAAUGGAGUGGGAGACAGAGUUGCAGCAACAAAACAAAGUAGCUCCAGGACCUACCAGUCCACCCAUUCACAUCUGACACAGCCUCCCCCACGGAGCAUGCCACAUCUAUCAGAAGGCAGCCAUCUUGAGUCCAAGUGUGAGCCAGUAGACAAUCAGAUGAGCAGUAAACACUGGCAGGAGCACCCAGACAGCAAAAGCUAUCAAGCACGAUAUGAUCGCCCAGAUCCAGAGCGGCAUAUAGGAAGGGUCAAAACCACUAGCAACAGUGAAGAUGACCAGAAGACAGCCCCAGUGAAGCCUGUUCCCCCUCCCAAACCGGAGAGAUCUCAUAGUGUUAGAGAACGGCAUCACUACAACCAACCUAAUCCUCCUCAAGCACAGGACUCCUUUUCUCACCAACCGCAUGGACAGAGACAAAGUACUGUUACUCAACAAUCCCAUUAUGAUAAUCUGGACGAUUAUCAACCAGUACCUCAUUCACAAACCCCAUUGCCAAACCGCGGUGGUUCGAGCUUAUACAGUACCCCUGGAUACGCAGCGUCACACGCUAAUCGUGCAUACUCCACUGCCUUGGGACAGGGUGCUUUUAUCCGAGCUGAGCUUGCCAUGCAGAGGCCCGAAACUGAGAUUAAUGCAGAGUAAAAACGGAUGUGUAAAAACAGACUAAUACCUUGGGAUUUACAAUGUUGACAACAGUUUCAAAAAGUUCAGCAGCCUCUGCAGGACAGUGGUCUGUUAUGACUGUAUCCAUUUAAUUUCCUCACAUUUUGUAACAUGUAAAAUGUGUAAAGACUUUUUUUAUGGAACUGAAUGUACCACGAUUUCUUCAGUAGAGUAAAAAAGCCACAUUAAGAAACGUGGAGGUCAUACUGUAGAUAUUAUAUGUGAUUGACAAAUGGUACAAUUACCUGAACCAGAAAAGUAAUGUAUAUUGGGGAAAAAUACUACUGGUUAUAAGGGAUUUUUUUUAUGUUCUGUUUUGUUAUAUUAGAAUCUCUUGGGCUUGGGUCUGAUUUUUGGGAUAAAGGUUUGCAUUUUAGAAAUGCAUGUAAUCUAUCUCUUACAGAACAGUUCUGUGUACCUUGAUACUCAUUGUGUACUUUAAAUGUUACAGUAACUGUGGAGGAGAACGUCUGUGUUAACAUCUUACCCUCCUACUACUCUGUGUACACGACUAGGCAGUAUGUUAACCUGUACUUCUCUGCCUUUGGGUUGGAGACCGAAAAUUUGCAAUCUCAAUUUGUUCUCCAACUGUGCCAUAUAAUAUUACUAUUGUACUAAUAAAUAC